AUGUUACGUCAGUGGUAUAAAACUAGAUUCAGCAAUGUCAUUGCUAAGUCACCAUCUGUAUUAGAACUGUUUGAACGCAUUCGUGAGUCACAAAUUCAACAUGAAAAAAAUGAAUAUUUGAAUCGUUUGAUAUUCAAAUGUUUAUAUUUAUUAUUUAUUAUUUUUGUUAUUUGUUUUUUGCAAUAUCACAAUCGUAUCUAUAAUGCAUGGGCUGGUCCAUUUCAUUUAAAUCUUGAUGAAUUUAUAAAUUAUUGGAAAGUCUAUAGUGGAAAUGUAUCAAAAGAACGUUCGUUCUUGUCGAGUUUGGUUUUAUUUGAUAAAGAGAAUCUUCAAAUCGAAUUAGGUGAAGAUAAAAUUGAUGACAAUCCAAAACAUGUAUAUGGAGUAUAUUAUCGUCAUCCUAUAUUCGAAAAAUUAUUGUAUACAUUUAAUCCUAUUAAAGAACAAAGUAUUGCCAAUGCUCCAAUGCAAUUAUUAAUUAAAUUACCAACAAAUUUACAAUCACAUUUUCACAAACGUCUACCAUAUCGUUUUGAGCUAUUUAAUUCAAAUACAUUAAAAUGUAUUGCUCAACAAAUUGAUAUUUCACCGGAAUUAUAUCAAUCAAAUUUCGAGAGGUCAACGCAUAUAAAAAUGAUUGAAGAUAUUUAUGAUCAAAAUGCGACUGAUUUUAAUGUGAAAGUUAUCACGAAAUGUGGCAUCUUACUUGGAUAUCUGUAUGAUUGUCAAAAUGAACCAGUGUUCACUUGGUAUUCAAAUCAGUCCUAUCGAUUUACUUCGCUCGUUGCAGCAUUUGAUGCAUCUUCUUCAUAUUCACCUUAUAUUUAUGAACAAAAGCAUUUUUGCGAGCAACAAGAAGCUAUUCGUGUUCUGGAAAGGCAAAAUCUUUAUCGUCUAACUACUCUUAUUAACGAAGAGGAAGAGAUACAACGUAAUAAUUAUGAACAUGAUCUAGAACGAAUCUGGAAUCGAGAAGUUUCUGCAUCACCUCGCUUCAUUGCACGAUUUCGUCUCGAAGGUGGUCAAAUUGUGAAUAAUCAACAGUUUGAAACAAUUUGCGUUAUUUGUCAAGAUGCUUUACAAUUAGGUGAUCACUAUUCUCAAUGGCCAUGUCUAGCUCAACAUACUUUUCAUUACAAUUGCAUGCUAAAUGCAUUACGAAGACAGAAUCGAUGUCCACUAUGUCGAGAUGCGGUCGAAGCGGGCAAUUUGCCUCCAAUUGAAGUUGCUUUUAGAAGUUUAUUAUCGGGAAUAGGUUCUCGUGCCACCAGUUAA